GAACUCUUAGAAAGGCAGGGCAUAAACCUGAUAUCAGUGUGAAGUAUCUCUUCUUAAACACGGCCGAGUGACAGAAAGGAGGAAGAAGGAAAAGGUAAGUGAGAGAGAAGAGGGAGAAGGAGUAGGGGAAGAGGGUGGAGUUACGAAAACACACACAAGGUGUAACAUAGGCAAACAGAGGGCUGCGCACUGAUCCCCUGAGCUUGACAAAUCACCUGAGAAAAAUAAGACAAUUAAGAUCUGAGCAGCGCGGCUGAACCAGGACAACACAUUCAGCUGGGAGGAUGUAAGAAAAGUGUCUGACUGUGAGAAGGAGAAAAACAUGAGCCUGGAAUACAAGGAUUACUCAUUUCAUUUGGGGAUAUAAGACACAUCUAAAGAAGCUGAGGAUGUCUUCAUUAUCACAGGCAGACUCGCUUUGCUCGCAUGGAGAUACAAUCUGUGAGAUCCGUGUUUACGAGCAGGAGGUGAUCAUUGUGCCCAUCUUGCUGCUGACUAUCUUCCUGGUCACUGUGGUUUUUAUUUUCCUGCUGCACUUUUGUCCAGAGAAAGUCGAUCGCAUCCGUCCGCAGGGCUCAAAGUCGACUCCCAGGAGAGUGCUGCAUGGCAUCGAUGCUCCACCAGGUAUCAAUGUCAUGGAGCAUGAAAGUAUCGCUCUGGAUGUGCCCAGUUCCUACUCCACCUUCAACCCCCCGAGCAAUUACCUCUCCAAAAACCUCACCGUGGCUAUGGACAAACCCUUUCUUCCACUCCCGCCCAACCCCCCACCUCAGCCCUACAAGCCCAGUUUCACUCCCAUCGCCCAGCCCAGAGAGUUGCCCCGCCAGAGGCUUCCCGAGUCCUUCAACCUGGUCACUCCUCUGACCGUGGCCUUCUCCCUGCGCUCCGACUCCUCCGUGUCCCUCUACAGGGCCCGGAUGGAAGACAGGAACGUGGUGCUGAGAGUCCUAAAUGACUCUGCUGAUGCCACAGAGAGACACAACUUCCUGGGCUUUGCGUCCUUCCUCUCCCAACUGGGACCCCACCCCUUCCUGCCGGAGCUUCUCGGUGUGGUCUCACUUCGAGCUCCACUGGUUACAGUUGUGGAGGAGAUGGAGAACAGAGACCUGCUCAGCUACCUGUGGCGAUGCAGACAGGAACAUGCAGAUCCUCCAUGUGAGAUGACUGAGAGACGAAUAUUUACCAUGGCUACUCAGGUGGCCUCAGCUCUGGAGUUCCUUCACAGCAAAGAUCUACUCCACGGACAAAUUCGUGCCCGCAGCGUUCUGGUCACCAAGGAUAUCACAGCCAAGCUUUGGGGCCUGCAUGGCGUCUACACAAGGAAGAACCAGGGAGAAACUAAGAAAGAGGACUCCAGCAUGAAGAAAUGGCACGCACCAGAGCUGUUAGCUCGGAGAACAGCCGGGCCGAGCAGCGACAUCUGGUCACUUGGCAUCUUACUGUAUGAGAUGGCUACAUUGGGUGAAGCUCCAUUUGCCGAAAUCUCAGUUAAUGAGCUUCUGCAGUUUCAUCAACGAGGGAAAAGUCUGAAAAAACCUUCAGGAUGUUCCAACGCACUACACUCCAUCAUUAAGGCGUGUUGCCAGUGGAAGGAACAAGAGCGACCCACCCUGGCUGAGGUGAGCCGUAAGCUGGCCUCAGGAGAGAAAAGUGCCUCGGACAAAGUCCUCAAGGCGUCUGGGACAGUAAACAUUGAGCAGUACCUGCAGGAGGCAGGAUACGGGGAAACCAACAGCUACACUGUUUUCUGAUCAUAACUUGUGCCAGCAAAUUAAAUUGCACUAUUCUCCCCGAUGGUACCCCACUGGUGCACUUCUACAGAAUAAUACAUUUCCGGUGGUCAAGAGGUCUUGAAAGCUAUUAUUCUAUAUAUUCUCGUACUACUGGUUUACAGAGGAAACAAAAAAGGGUAUGCUAAAUAAGUUGUUUUCUUUUGGGAACCAUUCAUUUUCUUUUAAGUAAGACCUCAUGUGUGUCUUCAUCUGUCGAGGGAAUAAAGAGAUGUAAACUUGAUUGAUGUACGGCCGCUUCAGCCUAAACUUCUACUGGUGUAUGAGUUUAUAGAUCUCGUUUGUUACUUAAAGCCAAUGUAUUUUAAGAGAUGUAAUAUCAUUUAGCACAUGUGGACAUUAAGGGCACAUAAUGUAUAUUACACUCACUGUCUUCUCUUAACGCUUAAGUCAUGUGAACCUCUACGAGCAAGAUAUAAGCUCAAAAAUGUUUACAAAUAUCAAAUGUGAAUAAAAUAAUAUAAGUC